AUGGCGCGGACAGGAUUCGAAUCACUCCGCACUGCCUCACAUGUGCUGUCGUGGCUGUUGCGUGGCCGUAGCGAAGAGUUACCAGUAGAUCGUGUGCUUGAGGCUAUUCGAUCAAUUUAUGGUGUGGUGCCUCUGGGUGGGCGCGUGGGCGGUGCAGACGGCUCAACACCGCCAGCAACGCCCAAAAACGCGGCAUUGACCUUGUUUUCAGCUGCAAAAGAUAGUCAUGCUGCCGAAAAUUCGGCUCAAGACCAAAGCGAAGAAAAAUUAUGGUCGACACUCCUCUCAAGCGUGCAGUUGCCGGUCUCCGGAAACCAAGAGGACGUCCGAAACGCGCUGGAGACUCUUCAAAACCAACAGAAACGUCAGACACCACUGGAUAUUGAGAAUUUAAGGCGACAAUUCUUUGCCGCAAGACGAGAUUAUUUUGCUGUACGCGUGGAGCUUUUACGUGCCGCGCGAAACCCGCAGCAUCCGAAUGCUCACGCGGCUGGAGAGGUUGUUGACGAGCUGCUCAAGGAAGGAUUGCGUGAGGUACUUCUAGAAGAAGUCCAUGGACGUCAGUUUGUCUAUUCACCUUCCUUGGUGGGUGUAGAAAUUGCGGAGCGUAACGCACUUAAAGAAUGGGAGGCAUCGCUGGAGAGUGCAAUAAAGAUAGCCAAGACUGUAUUCACUUGGGAAGUGCGCGUGUUUGACGACGUGAUCACUUCAAGCACAUUGGCUAUUACCGACGUACAGGAGAUAGCACGAGAUUUGACCCAAAUCGGGGUUAUAAUUGCUGUCAGACUGUUGCAUACUAUUGAAGAUGUACAAGAUUGCACUGUUAUGCUACACGUGACUAAGACAUUUUUCUUGUCAGAACUAAAUCGAGAUUCGUACAGGGACAACAUAACGUCUCCAGUGCCAGGAGUAUUGUUGCUGGCUUGGGCCACAUUGUUAGGUCGUCAUUACCGGAAGUUGAUGAUGUUGCAUGGAAAUACUGAGCAAGUGAAAGAGCUGCAAAUCAUGCUGCAAGAGACCCUGACAGCAGCUGAGCGACUGCAUGGUUUUCAUUAUCUUAAUGCUUUGCUCCAAUCACUUAUAUUUCGUAAUCAUGCAGAAUCUGACAGUAUAGCCAUGCUGCACCCGCUAAGUCUACACGUGAAGAAUGUAUGGGAGUUACCAACUGUGGCUGUAUUGAGUGUCCGCACACAGACAACGACAACACAUUAUCAGAAUAUUUGUAGCCACAAUCGCGUUUAUCAGCAUGUUGUGGCAACUUUCUUAAACGACAUGCUUUCGACGCUGAGAUUCUUAGACGAGUUAAGCGGAGUUCAAGAGCUGCACGCGAUGAUUAAAUUUGUCCUGCCUGUUCUUUCCAAUGCAGAUGUGGCUAAACGCACUCUCGGAAUCGACGUAGAAGACGGCGAGAUAUUGGGUGUGGUCACUGGAGACAAUUUUGUACUUGGUGAUUUAUUGGUAAAAGCUCGGACUAAUCUACCGGGAACGUUGCUGUCCUGUUUGGAAAUGUUGACGGCACUGUGCUGUCAGUAUCAGGACGUGUCGUCCUCUACUGUGCUGCGUCAAGUGCUGAAGAUUUUCACUCAUCCAAACCCGGGUUUUACUGGUGACGCUACUAGACGUGUCUGUCGUCCAGUGCCACCAGCAGAGUACUAUAAAAACCUCGCAAAUGAGUCGGAAUCUGUACAGUGCACGCGCUCAUUUGCUUAUGAGGAUGGUGAUGGUCGAUCAGUGGUAGUUGUUGGGACGAUCGGCACACUCGUCCACACAAACAGUGGGAUCCAAGUGGAAUGGGAUCUCACAGAUAGCAACGAUAGCCCCAAAGUCUUGUCGUUGUGGAUUUUGCUGCUGAUACGCACCGAAACCUUUGCAACGAUUGUCCAGUCCACGUCAUUUGAUGAAGUAUUUCGCACAGAUUUGGAAUUAAUUAGCAUACUGAAAGCGUUUUUUGAAUUUAUCGUCCAUCUAGGACCGGAAGAAAGUGGUGGACAUUUUGCCUUGGAGGAAAUGCAGCGAAGCUGGGGCGAGGCCAGACUUCUUCGAUGGUGGACAAAAUAUCAACUUUCGUCGCGUGAAUUGUACGUGCCUCUGCUUGUACGACAGCAGGUAACGCUUCCGAGGUUGCUGUCUGCGUCCAGCGAAAAUCUUGUGUCUUGGGGUGUUCGGGACCGAUACGUACGACAGCAAAUUUUGGCGCAUUUUGAAGAUUGUAAACGCUAUGACGCUGACAGUGUUGGCGAUGUAAGCACUCUUAACGUGUUUGCUGUUGAUGGAGGUAUUCACUUGCUUCAUUUUUUAUUGAAUGUGCUUGAUGGCUUCUUGAAAGCUUCUUCGGGCGGUGAAAGCGAAAGCGGGACAGCGCCAUAUAUUCAUUUUGUGAAAACAUGUUUUCUUGCUUUUCAAACGCUUCUGGCCUCAACAUUUGGAGUCAAGUUAUUGAUGACUUCCUUGCUAGAUGGAGGACAAGCGGAGUGCGUUCAUUUGAUUGUUAAGACCGCCAGAAAGCUGUUUGAAGUACAAGAGCGAUUAGUGGGAGUCUAUUCAGUAGUACUUGCAACACUAGAGAUUUUCAUUAGUGUUGUGCGAUGGUUCUUGGCAAAAGAAGCUCAAGCACUUUCAAAUUCAGGACCUAUUACGGAGUCGUUCGUAGCGAUGGAACGACUCUGGUUUGUCAAAGGCGCAGAGUUCGCGAUCGAAGUGCUAUCAAUCCAUGAAAGCUGGAAGUUUGUGUCAGUUGGCGAACGUUGUGAGGUCUCCGAACGUUGCAUUCGUUUGCUUUACGUACUGGUGCAUCCGCGCAAAUACUUUCACGAGCAAAAUGAAAUGAUUCUUGCUCUCGAACAAGCGUUGUGCGACUCGUUGUCUACCGAUAUGUCGCUUGUAGCAAAGGUGUUGCGAUACUGUUAUGCUUCAGUAUCUCGUUUGGCAAAACACUCUAUUGACAAUUGGAACAGUGCUGCGACUCCCGAUGCAGAUACUGGCUUGAAAGCUGAAAAGUAUUUGUCGCUUAUCUAUGAAAGCACAGCUGGUAAUUGUGAAGCCAAUAUUUUUCAGCAUGAAAGCCUCGUAAUAACAUGUUUACGUAUCAUCGAAUUGCUUCUUGCAAGUAAGAUGGAUCGCGAUGAUGUUGCAGCCGCUCGCAAGAUCUUGCUAUUACCCAUUAAUGGGCUCAACCUUGACUUGUCACUAACACUUGUCACGCUAUGUGGUUGCUACCUCGAGUUUUAUGUUGAUGAUUCACCUGACAUCGUGUAUUGGUCAUUACGGAUUCUUCAGCAUUCCGCUGUCGCGCUAGACUGCCGAGUAGAAUAUGAAACUACUUCUAUGCCCUCGCUUUUUGCUUUGUUUUAUGAAUGCCAGGACAUAGUUUGUGUGCGCAGCAGGUUUAUCCAACUAUUACAAGCAUCUUCACCUCAGCAUUUGGCAAUACGAAAAGAGGUGAUUGAAUUGCUAGCCUUGUGUUUGGAGCAUCAACCAAAUUUUUUAACGCUUCUAGUUUUUGGAAGCGAAUCAGAUACGAACAAAGUAGAAAACUCGCUGUCAUUUCUUACAGUGCUUACUCAGCAAUUCGAUGUAUCUGAGAGGCUUUUGGAGCAGUCAUCGGACUUUCUAUGUGCACUAUUAGCUUUCCUCGCGAACGUGUGGGAGGGUGCCGUUAAUGAGGGUCAUUGCUUGCACAUGAAAAUCAUUACAGCUUUACGUGCACUUCCUACAUUCUGGCCUAAUGUGACCCGAGUACUGAAGAUACACAUGCCGUUGGACUCAGUGGAGUAUGGUUUGCUGGAUAUGGAAUUGGCAGUCGCUACUGCACAAGGUCUGGGGGAUGUUAAGAGCUUGUCUAGCUUAUACGUUGGACGCUCGAGUGCUUAUGGAUAUUUAGCCCGCGGUCUGAUUCUCCAGUUGAUUUCACUCGAGUGGCAUAAUGAAGCGUCAACGCAGAGCGACCACCCCCUUGUCAAAGUACUAGAGUCGUUUCGAAAGGAGGGUUUGUAUUUGCACUGGUUACGCUCGUUGACUCGAUUGGACUAUUCACCAACUCUAUUAAAGCAGCAAAUGUCGUCUAUCCGACGUAUUUGCACGGCAAAUAAGCCUAUCACAAAUUUCUUGAGCGCACUACCUAUCGGCGAGAUCCAAAAGUACGCUGAGGGAUUAAUUUGUGACGAAAGAACGCUCAAGUGGCAGUUGAGUGCAGGAGGCGAGUUGAAUAUAGAGACCUGUCCGGCCGAUAUCCGUGCGAUCAAAUUAAUUCAGUGGGGUAACUUGCAAGCAGCGUAUUUGCAUGCACAGCUCUUUUCUCUGGCCAAAUGGAAAGAGUUCAUGGAAAUGUGCUGUCUUCAGGCAGGUGCACCACUUAAUACAAAUGAAAAGCCGCUCAGUCGAAAAAUGUCAAUGAUUUCGUCGCCUCGAAGCAUAACGAGUAAUGCUUCAAUUAUUGAGGCUGUGAAACCCGCUUCUCCUGCAUCAAGCUCGAAAAAUGAAUUCUCGCGCUUUUUUGGCGAUCGCACGUCGUUUGAACUGAUUCAAGUGGUCGCGGACGUGAUCAAAAGUCGAAUGCAACAGCAUCAAGUCAACAACGAUCCGCUCGAUUAUUUCGUGAUGGUGCAUUUGCAAAUUCUAGUAAAGCUUUUAGUGUCAAUGCUGCAUCACCAAAUGUGUCUUGUUCUUUGCAAGACAUGUGACCCCAAGCUAUCGCAGACGCGACAGCGUCUUAAGGUACAUGGCACCGAUUCAAGUCUCAGAUUUGACACGAAAACGACGCUGGAAUUACUGACUGUGAUUGAAAGGACUACGGCUGCAGUGCAUGAUUCAAAAGAGCAAAUCACAAGUGAGUUCGAAGUCGUGCGUAUAGGCAGCAAAAGCAAAACGACCUUUGAAAGCUUAAUGGCAGUCUCGGUUUUUUGUCGCCUGGUAAAAGAUCUUGAAAACAAAGUCGAAUCUUUGCUUACUGAUUUGUUUACGUCACUUUUCACGGCGGCUUUGAUGCUCAUUCGCCACUUGAAUGAGAUGCCAAAUAAAGUCACCGAUCAAAAUUCAGAGAUGGUUUCUGUGUCGCUACCUGAGCCUCUGUUCCAAGCAAAGUUUAUCGGACAUAGUACCAGAGUCAUCACUUCAUGUAACGACUGGAAAAGUUCCUCUCAAGUUUUGUGCCAAUUAAGUUGCUUUUUGUUGAUAGAAGUUCUUGAUAGGGUCGGUAAUCUUGGUACUCGAAAGUUGAAGCUGCUCUUGGGAAAUGAAGCUGACUUAACACCGUUUGUCAAAGAGCUGGAACACCAACAAGGGAUAACCACUUUGCUUCAUUUGCUAAUGCAGAGCUUCCGUCCUGCAUUGUAUACCAAGGACGUGGCUGCGCGACAAGAGGACGCUUGUUACGUGUUGCACGGUUUAGUAGCAAUUGUAUGGAACUCAUCGAAUGCUGAAUUAUGUCGACGAGUUAUGCUGCAAGAUGGCAAUACGCGUGUAUCAAAUUGGCUGUUCAUUCUGCUAGCGACUAAGCUGCUCCCAUUGCUUCAAGCUCAAAUGAUACGUGAAGAGAGUAACACAAAUCUGCGCGGUUAUGUGAGUUCGGAUGACCAGAUGACAGAAGAGUUUAACCGAUCCAUGGCACACCGAAUGUGGUGCCUUGUGUUAGAUUUUGUGGGUGGUCUGUUGCGUUUAUCAAGAAAUGUGGAUGCAAAUGAUGCGAGUGUGUGGGAGUUUUUGUCGUACGCAGAGCCUUUGAUAUUAGCAGGAGUUGAGUCAGCAAACAGCCGUCGAUUGACUCGGGCUGUUAUUGCUGAACAUCAAGCACUGCUACGAUUCCUGAACGGUCUAAGUGGGUCUGCUUGGAGGCGACAACGCUGGCGUCAAGCAUUCCCUACGUCUCUUGUGGUGCUCAUGGAGCAAUGCCGCCAGUUCCUUCGUCGUGCAUGCGUGCUACUAGGUAAUUCCUCAUCAGAAAUCCCUCGUAAGCGCAAGGAUGUUAGUCCAAUGAAAACAAAAGCGUUAGGCAGAGCUGUUGUUGGAUUCCUCCCACCAAAGUCACCGCGAUCGCCACGCUCCCCUUCAGCUUUUACUCUUGUUCGUCAGACACUGCUGCUAGAGCAUUUGCAGGCUGUUUCAGAGAUUGAGAAACAAGAGCUGACUCAAUUUUAUCAGGAAAUGGAGGCUGAACUUCUUGAGACUGUGCAGCUGUCAAGUCUGUUGUUUGUUAAGUGGACCGCGUCUUUGACGGAAAGUGUUGCAGUCGUUGUGGUCAAUGGAGUACGUCAUGUGGAUGAAGAGCAGCUCGUUCCUUUACUCGAAUUUAUACCACCGAGUGAUGCACAAUCAAUGAAUAGCAGAUUAGGUUUGGGUCAUUUGUGCCUUGCAAUGGACUUUAUGCUUGAUCAGCUGGAAAUGGCAAACGACUUAUCUAAGAGGAGCAUGGUGGCAAAUGCAAUUAACGUAAGUGCAUUGCUGUUUAUGAAAACGUAUCUUCUUCAUGCUGAGCUGUACGAGCUGGUCAAACGUGACUGUGACGAGUUGAAAACUUUUAUUCGUCAGUUACGUGACCGAGUCUCCGAAAUCGACGCUGCUGAAAUCGAUGCGCAAUUAUUUGAGCACAUUAGCAAGAUCAUAGCUGCGUAG